AUGGCUCCCCAGCCUGACGAGCACCACCCUCACAAGAAGGUCAACUUGACCGACCCUUCCGGCGCCGAGGUCAAGAACGAAGAUGAUGUCGCGACCGCGAUUCUGAAGAAGAAGAAGAAGCCCAAUCAGUUGAUGGUCACCGAUGCCGUCAACGAUGACAACAGCAUUAUCGCCCUUUCCGAGGCCACUAUGGACCAGCUCCAGCUUUUCCGAGGUGAUACCGUUCUGGUUCGAGGCAAGAAGAGAAAGGACACCGUUCUCAUCGUUCUUGCUGACGAGGAACUCGAUGAUGGCAGCGCUCGUAUCAACCGAGUCGUUCGCCACAAUUUGAGAGUCAAGCACGGUGAUAUGAUCACCAUCCACCCUUGUCCGGAUAUCAAAUACGCCAAGCGAAUUGCUGUUCUCCCCAUCGCUGAUACCGUCGAGGGUAUCACCGGUUCCCUGUUCGACGUUUUCCUCGCUCCCUACUUCCGAGAAGCUUACCGACCUGUUCGCCAAGGAGACUUGUUCAUCGUUCGCGGUGGCAUGAGACAAGUAGAAUUCAAGGUUGUCGAGGUCGAUCCUCCCGAGUAUGGUAUCGUCGCACAAGAUACCGUUAUUCACUGCGAGGGUGAGCCUAUCCAGCGAGACGAGGAAGAGAACAACCUCAACGAGGUUGGCUAUGAUGACAUUGGUGGAUGCCGAAAGCAAAUGGCUCAGAUCCGAGAGAUGGUUGAGCUUCCUCUCCGACAUCCCCAGCUUUUCAAGUCUAUUGGUAUCAAGCCUCCCCGAGGUGUUCUACUCUACGGCCCCCCCGGUACCGGUAAGACUCUAAUGGCUCGAGCUGUUGCCAACGAGACUGGUGCUUUCUUCUUCCUCAUCAACGGUCCUGAGAUCAUGUCCAAGAUGGCUGGUGAAUCCGAAUCAAAUCUUCGAAAGGCUUUCGAAGAAGCUGAGAAGAACUCACCUGCCAUCAUCUUCAUCGAUGAAAUUGAUUCUAUCGCCCCCAAGCGUGAGAAGACCAAUGGUGAGGUCGAGCGACGAGUCGUCUCUCAGCUCCUUACCCUCAUGGACGGUAUGAAGGCCCGCUCCAACGUCGUCGUGAUGGCUGCUACCAACCGUCCCAACUCUAUCGAUCCCGCCCUUCGACGAUUCGGUCGUUUCGAUCGUGAGGUCGACAUUGGUAUCCCUGAUCCCACCGGCCGUCUUGAGAUUCUUCAGAUUCACACCAAGAAUAUGAAGCUCGGCGAUGACGUCGACCUGGAGCAGAUUGCCUCCGAGACACACGGUUACGUCGGUUCCGAUGUUGCUGCCCUCUGCUCCGAGGCCGCUAUGCAGCAGAUCCGUGAGAAGAUGGAUCUCAUCGAUCUCGACGAGGACACAAUUGAUGCCGAGGUUCUCGACUCUCUCGGCGUCACCAUGGAGAACUUCCGUUUCGCCCUCGGUGUGUCCAACCCCUCGGCUCUUCGUGAGGUCGCCGUCGUCGAGGUCCCCAACGUUCGCUGGGAGGACAUUGGUGGUCUCGAGGAGGUCAAGCAGGAUCUCAAGGAGAACGUUCAGUACCCUGUCGAUCACCCCGAGAAGUACCUCAAGUUCGGUAUGUCUCCUUCUCGAGGUGUACUGUUCUUUGGUCCUCCUGGUACUGGUAAAACUAUGUUGGCCAAGGCCGUUGCCAACGAGUGUGCCGCCAACUUCAUCUCUGUCAAGGGACCUGAGCUUCUCAGCAUGUGGUUUGGUGAGUCUGAGAGCAACAUCCGAGACAUCUUCGACAAGGCUCGUGCUGCCGCCCCUUGCGUUGUCUUCCUUGACGAACUUGACUCCAUUGCCAAGGCUCGUGGUGGAUCCAUGGGUGAUGCUGGCGGUGCUUCUGACCGUGUCGUCAACCAGCUCCUGACUGAGAUGGAUGGUAUGACUUCAAAGAAGAACGUUUUCGUUAUUGGCGCCACCAACCGACCCGAGCAGCUCGACCCUGCUCUGUGCCGACCUGGUCGUCUCGAUUCGCUCAUCUACGUACCUCUGCCCGAUGAGCCUGGUCGUCUGAGCAUUAUCAAGGCGCAGCUCCGCAAGACCCCCAUCGCCUCCGACAUCGAUUUCGGCUACAUCGCCUCCAAGACCCACGGUUUCUCUGGUGCUGAUAUCGGUUUCAUCACACAGCGUGCUGUCAAGAUCGCCAUCAAGGAGUCUAUCGCUGCCGAUAUCGAGCGCCAAAAGGCUCGCGAGGCUGCUGGUGACGAGAUGGACACAGACGAGGAUGCUGAGGACCCCGUGCCCGAGUUGACCAAGGCCCACUUUGAGGAGGCCAUGCAGAUGGCUCGCCGGUCAGUAUCUGACGUCGAGAUCCGCCGGUACGAGGCUUUUGCCCAACAGAUGAAGAACGCUGGUCCUGGUGCCUUCUUCAAGUUCCCCGAGGCCGGUGCCGAGGCUGCUGGUGCUGACGGCGGUAACUCAUUUGGCGAUGCUGGCAACGAUGAUGAUCUCUACGACUAA